AUGGAAUACCAAGAAGUUAGACAAGAAAUCUUGCAAUCCCACGGCUGGGAGCUUCCUGAAGCUGAAUACACCCAAGACGAACUCAAAGAGUUUUUCAGGCUUUCCAAAUCUCUCCCACGGCUUCCUGAUACUUUUUGUGAAAUUCCUCUUUCGACAUCCCAAGACUCAAAUCCAAGCCCAAGAGAUCCUCGACUUUUGGACAGAAUUUACAGACGCACACUAUACCAAGCUAAACCUUUUGGGUCUUUUAUAUACAAUUCUCCAUUACUCUCUAUGAAACCCCUUGAUAUCAUACUUGACUUAGACUGGACCAUGAUAUAUGCUAUACACCCUUCAAUGCAGUCAAAACCUCUUAUAGACGCUGAAGUAAGUAGGCUUAAAAGCCUCCACCCAGCCAUAAACUUUAUCCCUUUUUAUCUUCAAGGUAUCCGUGGGUACAUGAUUUUGGCGAUCAGGCCGAAUCUCAAAAACUUCUUAAAUUCCUUGCAGAGACUUGGAACACUUUAUGUAUACACCUCAGCUGAUAGAGACUAUGCCCAAGCGGUUUUACAGAUAAUUGAUGGGUCUACACGGUUUUUCGGGAACCGGAUUAUUGCGACUGGGCUUAAAAAAGAUGAGGCUCAUAUAGAAAAAUCAUUAGAUUUAUUAAAUUUCCCAAAUAGUGAAAAUGUUGUUAUUAUUGAUGACCAGGUUGACGUGUGGAGACGUCAAGACCAAGGCUGUAUAAUCCCUUCUAUGAGGUUUGCGCCUUGUUUUAGCGAAGAUGCAGAAUAUAUUAACAGCAAAGCUUAUGCGGACAGGAUGAAGACUUAUAAUUACUGCAAAGGUGUGUUUGGAUUUAAAGACGACAGUGUCCCGUUUAUUGAAAAUAAAGGCCAGCAGCUCAAUUAUAUACAAAGUUACGUGGCCAGGAUACACCAAGAAAGGUUUGUGUCAAUGUACACCAAGCCGACUGCAGAAAUUAAUAUGGCAUUAAGGAAGACAAGGUUUGACGGGCAGAAAUUUUCACUGGAACAAGUGACUGGGCCUGAAAGAGAAAGCAAAAUUGCAAGCUUAAGAGCCAUUAUUGAUAUGCUAGGAGGAAUGAUAGUAGAAGGACAACAAGAUGCUAUAAGAGUCGUGGAGACUGCAGAAAGCAUGGGCUUUAACACCAACUGUAUAACUACAAAGACGAUUAUUGACAAAUAUUUCGGAUUAAGCUAA